CUUUUCUUUCUCCCUCUUUCACACACACUCACAAACUCUUUUCAUUUUCACUCUUGGAGCCGUGCUGUUUUUGUCUUGUGGACAUCAAGAGAGGGAGAGAGACCAUCACUGAGAGAGAGACAGGGAGAGAAGUUAAGAAAGUGGACUCUGCACCACUGUGUGUGUGUGUGUGUGUGUAACAUUUUGCCACAGAGGAUGAUUUACUGGACCGUGUAAUCUGUGUGAGUGUGUAAGUGUAAGUAUACGAGUUUGUGUGUGUGUUUGUGGAUGAUGGAGGUACCUGAAGUUUACGAGGAAGCAAAGGAGAAGAAGAAGAUCCACUUCGCCGUUCCCUCCACAGCACCGACUCAGCUCGACCCCCGGCAGGUGGAGAUGAUCCGCAGACGGAGGCCAACGCCCGCCACGCUGUUUAGAGUCACUGACCAGCCAUGUCCAGAGGAUGACUACACCACGGGUCAGUGGGUGGUCGGGGAGAACGGCGUCCUCAGACCAAAACGCAUCAAUCCCAACGUCUACCAGCCUCCUUCACUCAAAGCUGUUCAGCAGAUGGCUGAGGCUCACAUGCAGAAGCUGGGUGUGUUUCCUCACAUGGAGGAGGAUGGAGAGGAGGAAGAGCGGGUAUUAAGGUUUACCACUGAUUCACACACAGAGACGAGCCCGAGGGAACCUCCGAGCACUGACAGAGCUGAUGAGGAGGAAGAGGAGGAGGAGGAGGAAGAGGAGGAACAGAAAAAAGAGGAAGAAACAGGAGAUGAUGUGGAACAUGGAGCAACAGACGGAUGAAAGAAAGAAACAGAGAGAUGAGGAUGGAUUGUUACACAGAUUAAAUAAAAUUGAAGUUGCAAGGGUGUGUGUGGAGUGUGUAUGGGGGUGUGUGGAUAUGUGUUGAAGUGGAUGAGCGUGUGGGUGGGAAGUGUGUGUGUUUCUCCUUAUAGCCCCUUCUUAACUAUCCCUAGGUUUGUUAAGUAUAGACAUAACCACCACACACACACACACACACACACACACACACACACAGAUUAGUCAUAGCUGCGAAAUAAAUAAAUAAACAUUUCUCCCUGUUUUAUUUUAGUGUUGUAAUGUAUUUUGUAAUUAUUAACUGUAAUAAAUAAAUCCUACAUAAAUAGAUUUGUAAUAACUGGAAUUGGAAUAAUGAGAUAAUAAAGUGUGUGUACACUAA